AUGGCAAGGAGGCAUGAUAUGUUUAAGAACAAUUAUUUACAUCUUGCUGCAAAAUUAUCUCCUCCUCCUCAACUUCAGAGGGUAUCUAGAGCAGCCCUACAAAUGCAAAGGGAACUGCAAUGGUAUAAGGAAGUCGAGAGCAUAGUACAAUCCAAACUCAAAGAGGAAAAAAAUGCGAUCAACAAAACACCCGAAAUGUUAUUCACUGAUGAACACAAGAAAUUAACCAAAGAUGCAGAGAACUGGGUGAAAAGCACAGCAGGAUCAAGCAUGAUAGUAGGCACUCUAAUUGCUGCUGUAAUGUUCACAACAGCUUUCACAGUACCAGGUGGUAAUAAAGAAAACUCAGGAUUGCCAACAAUGCUGGAAACUCAAAGAACUCCAUUCUUGAUUUUCAUGAUUUCAAAUGCCUUGUCAAUGUUCAGUUCCAGUACGUCGCUGUUGAUGUUCUUAGGAAUUCUUACGGCUCGUUAUGCAGAAGAAGAUUUUCUCAAGUCUUUACCGACGAAAUUAAUAUUUGGAUUGACAUGUUUGUUCUUUUCGAUCGUUACGAUGAUGGCAUCCUUUGGUUCUGCAUUGUAUCUGAUUCUACAUGAGAAGUUGUCUUGGGUUACCAUUCCGAUCAUCAUCCUUUCAACGAUUCCGAUAGUUCUUUUCUCCAUCUUGCAGUUCCCUCUCUUGAUUGAGAUGACAUAUCAGACUUAUGGAUCUGGGAUAUUUGAUAAACCUAAGAGGAAAUCCUACUUUGCUAAGUUCCCAGCAGGUUUGUACUUUAAGCCCCGCAUGAACUUUUUCCUUGGGAAAAAUGUCGUAUAUUCGGUUUCUAAGAACUUAAGAGAUGAUGCAUAUAAGAAAAGGUUGCAGAAAAUCAAAUUUAGAAGUGUUGAGAAUCCUUUCCAGUUUGCCAUUGCAGGGAAGAGUACUAGAAUCAAGAUCCACCCACUAAAAAUUGUCCUGAUUACCAUUGUUCUUGGAACACUUGUAACAAUUCUUUUAUCUCCACCAGUUUAUCAACAGAAAAGUAUAUUUCACAACUUUUCCAGGUGGAUAUGGGGCGAGUUGGAUCCUCGAUACGUAUCAGAUUUAGACAUCAAUUCGCAUGAUAUUCUAAGAGCACUGGAGCAGUUACCUGAAGAUAAUAAGAUUCGACGAGUAGGCCUUCUCAAUUUUGAUAAGAGCGAAAUCCAUCAAUGGAAACAGCUUAUUCCCACGGCUAAUCACGAAGUUCUACACCUGGAUUAUGCCCAGAAAAACAUUACUUGGGAUUCCUUGUAUCCUGAAUGGAUUGAUGAAGAACAGGAUGACAUAGUUCCUAGUUGCCCUCGUCUAUCUAACCUUAAAGUCCCAAGACAUCGCCCUGAUCUUGUUUCUGUCAAACUCCCUUGUCGUAAUAAAGUGAAUUGGUCGAAAGAUAUUGCUCGACUACACUUGCAGAUAUCAGUGGCUGGUUUAGCUGCCUCUUGCAAAGGUAGAUACCCUGUUCAUCUUCUUUUAAUUACAAAGUGCCCACCGAUACCAAAUUUGUUCACGUGCAAGGAUCGAGUUGUUCGUGUUGGCAACAUGUGGUUAUAUAAACCGAACAUGGAUGUGCUUAGAAAAAAGCUUCAGCUUCCAAUAGGAUCAUGUGAACUUGCACUUCCCCUUGGAGCCAAAGCACAGGAUUACACCAGAAACAGGCAACGAGAGGCUUACGCUACCGUCCUGCACUCGGCCAACGUCUAUGUGUGUGGAGCCAUAGCUGCAGCCCAGAGCAUCCGCAUGGCUGGAUCCACCAGGGAUCUCAUUAUCCUUGUCGAUGACACAAUCAGCGAAUACCACAAAAGUGGACUCGAAUUAGCAGGCUGGAAAAUCCGAAUAAUACAAAGAAUCAGAAAUCCUAAGGCCGAAAAAGAUGCCUACAACGAAUGGAACUACAGCAAGUUCAGAUUAUGGCAACUUACAGAUUAUGACAAAAUAAUCUUCAUCGAUUCCGAUCUGCUUAUUCUCAAAAACAUCGAUUUCUUGUUUUCGAUGCCAGAAAUCUCUGCAACGGGGAACCAUGGAACACUUUUCAAUUCUGGAGUAAUGGUGAUUGAGCCAUCGAAUUGCACAUUCCAGUUUUUGAUGGAUAAUAUUAAUGAAAUUGAAUCAUAUAAUGGUGGAGAUCAGGGAUACCUGAAUGAGGUUUUCACAUGGUGGCAUAGAUUUCCAAGGUAUAUGAAUUUCUUGAAGAAUUUUUGGGUUGGGGACGAUGAAGAAGUAAAGCAGAAGAAAAUUCGGCUUUUCACAGCAGAACCACCGGUUAUUUACGUUCUUCAUUAUUUGGGUAACAAGCCAUGGAUGUGCUUUCGUGACUACGACUGCAACUGGAACACAGAUUUCCUACAAGAAUUCGCAAGCGACAUAGCCCACAAGAAGUGGUGGAAACUUCACGACUCCAUGCCAGAAACACUCCAACAGUUUUGUCUAUUGCGAUCAAAACAAAAGGCUCAGUUGGAAUGGGACAGAAGGCAGGCUCAAAAGGCAAACUAUUCUGAUGGGCAUUGGAGAAUCGAAAUAAAAGAUGAACGCAUUGACAAGUGCAUUGAUCCUCCGCAUAAUUGCAACUGGCGAGGCAUGUUGAAUCAUUGGGGGGAGACGCAACCGGCAAACAGUGCAAUGCCUAUUCCCACUCCACCAGCAAUAAAUAUAAGCUCUUUGGGAUUAUAA